AUGGAUGAUGCAUGCUUCCUUCAGAUAAAUUCAACGAUUGGAGUUUCCAGCCUUCAGCUGAAGGAAAGUCAGUCCGUGGGGGUGUUGCAUGGCUUUCAGCUGGCACAGCUUGGUCAAGAGUAUGGCUGGCUUUGCAAGGCAGUGACGGUUACAACCUACACUUCUUUAGCCGUGAUCUUGCUGUGCUUUGGUUGUCCUGAGAAAGGUCCAAAAGAUCCAAGAAUGGUGGGUAGGAGCACCGUGACCAUCUACUUGGGCCUAGUCGUUGGACUUUUGUAUUUCACCACUGAUCAGUACCUUCCAAGUAUGCCCCAAAUGGAGGUGGAGCUCGCUGGGUCUCAAACUCUUCUUUCUGGCUCCGUGCAAUUGAAUAUCUUUUCCAAGUGCGUCAUCGGCCUCAUCGUCGCUCCCUUAUCUGACAAGAUUGGGAGGAGGCCAAUCAUCGUGACAUGUACAACACUUCUGAUUUUGGGCUCCUUCGGCUGUGCAUUGGCUCCAGACGUCGGUUGGUUCCUGGCUUCCCGGAUCUUGCAGUCCUUGGGCGAAUCGCUGGAGCCGGUGACCUUCGCGAUCCUCCGGGACUGCUUCCCGGAACCACAAGACAGGUUGGCGGCCGUGUCGGUGGUCAGAGCAUUUGAGCUGUUUGGAAUAUUUCUUGGACCAGUUGUAGGAGGGCUUGUUGCCUCAUUUAGCCAUUGGAGAGUUCCCUUCUUUCUUCUCACAUUGGCUUGGGCGGGCUUGGCACACUACGCUGCCUUCUGCAUCCAUGAAACGGCCGUGGACACGAAGGAUCCGCCCAGCUACAAGCAGAGCUUCCAGCGCGUCUUCUGGGAUCCACAGCUGGUGACCUUGCUGAUGACCGAGACUUUGGUGUUGAGCACCUAUUACGCCUUUGAUUCCAACAUCAGCUAUCUCACCGAGGGUCUCUAUGGUAAGGGAACAGUCACCACCUCUUGGCUGAUUGGGGCCUUUGCUUUGUGCUCGGCCUUUGGAAUGCUUUUGGUCACGAUGUCUACCGGUCAAGUGCUGGUAACGGCCAAGCGAUGGAUGACAGCCUUCAGUUUAGGAUCCGGCUUAUUCUUUGUCAUUGCAGCGAUCUUUUUCUCUCACUACUUGUGGGCCUAUCUGGGAAGCUCCUUCUUGAUGGGCUUCACUUUGGCUUGCUACUUGCCACUUGGGGUUCUAUUCCUUGAUCCUUUGGAGGAUUUUGCCGGCACUGCUGCUUCCUUCGAAGUCUUUGCACAAGCAGCCCCACCAUCGAUCUAUUCGGCUUUGGCAACUCAAGGUCUCAUCCAUUUUGGUCAACGCGGGCUCACGUGGUUUCAAGCUGGAAGCGCAUUGCUGGCAGGAGCAGUCUUCUGGAUGGGUUUUGGCUCAACAAGUACACUGAUCAUGGAACAUGCCGAGGAGAGUAUCGAGCAUUUGGGGCCUGGCUCCUUGCUCUCCGCGUUGAAGGCGAGCGGUUGGGCCACCUCGCUGAGUGCUGGGACGACGGACUUCGGCAGCUUCUCCCAGUUCCAGGUGACCAUUGCUCUAACGGAACAGGGGCUGGAGAAGAUUCAGGAGAUUGGACAGAGGCUCUUCACGAUGAUCGGCCUACUGCGGGCCACACCCGUCUCCCAGUGGAUGCUGCAGGAGAUGCAGCAGCUGCUGGAGGUUCAGUUCCGCUUUGCUGACGAUUCACAGCCCUAUAACCUGGUCUCGCGCUUGGCGCGGAACCUGCAGAACUAUCCUCCGGAGGAGGUCUUAGCUGCUCCGGUACUGCUGUCCGAGCCGGAUGUGGUGCGCACGAAGGACUUCUUGCAACACCUCAUGGUGGAUCAAGUUCGAGUGGAACUGGUCUCCAAGAGCUACAAGGACCGAUGCGAUCAGCAGGAGCCGAAGGGUCGUUCCGACAGCGUGCCGAGCUCCGGAGAUGCCCGGAGUGGAGGGAAGGUGAAACGGGUUUUGAGACCAAGGCUGCAGAAACAGACUGCAGCAUACUGCAGCAAGGACUACAAUCUGGAACUGAAAUAA